AUAAGAACAAAGUAACUCUUCAGAGAGCCUUUGCAGUUCUUUCCACAAAAUCUAAUUGGGGUCAUCAUGGAGGUGCUGGUACACCAGCCUCAUUAAAUUCACAACCGCUGUACCCUCCCUGGUUCCACACUCUCUCCAAGCUCCCAUGAUUCUGCUGCAAGCCCCCAUGGCCAUGGCUUCUCUUCCUCUGCUCAACUGCUCAUACUUCUAAUGAUCAUUUUUUUAAAUAUUAUUUCCCCUCAAUUAUCUGUGGUUUAGAGAGAGAGAGAGAGAAUGGGUCAUCAUUCUUGCUGCAACAAACAGAAAGUUAGAAAGGGACUGUGGUCACCUGAGGAAGAUGAGAAACUCAUCAACUACAUUUCCACCUAUGGCCAUGGUUGCUGGAGCUCAGUUCCUAGACUUGCAGGCCUGCAAAGAUGUGGAAAGAGUUGUAGACUCAGAUGGAUUAAUUACCUUAGACCUGACUUAAAAAGAGGGAACUUCUCUCCACAGGAAGCAUACAUUAUCAUACAACUCCAUAGAACUGUGGGUAACAGAUGGUCUCAGAUAGCCAAGCAUCUGCCAGGAAGAACUGACAAUGAAGUCAAGAACUUCUGGAACUCAAGUGUAAAGAAGAAGCUCUUCUCUGAUGCUGUUUCAGAACUAGCCAACCUUCCUGAUCAUGUCUCCAUUAAUCACCAUUAUGGUUUCAAUGAGGCUGGGUUACCAACUUCUGCAAACCCUAACUUCAUCAUUGAUGCCCAACAAGAAUAUUUUCAACUUCACAAUCCCAUGUCAGCACUUGAAAUUCCCAACAAUGGUGAUCUCAAACCAGAUGGAUUCAUGGAUUUCGAUAUGAUAAAUUCCCUUGGAAUGCCACCCAUGGUUCUGCAAGAUGGAUCUUCUGGUGACCCAACAUGGUCUCUGAAUUAUCAGUCCCAUGAGAAUCAAGAACAUGGUGAUCAUGAUCAUCUCCUAUGUUACUACCCCCAAGUUGAUUCCAAGUUCAUUUCCACACCAUUUGGUGAUCCACUGGUGAUGUCUGAGAUGCCAAACCUGUGUGAAAUGUUGGAAUUGGACAUGGAUGAAUCUACUGGUUUUCCAUCAUCAUCAUCAUCAUCUUCUUAUUCUUCUUCUUGUGCUACACAUGAAGUUGACACUAGUGCUGCUGGCCUUCCAAUGAGUUUGCUAUCUGGGUCUUAUUCAUAUGGAGCCACCAAUCAAAUGGAGUGCAUUGGGCUUCUUGGUAUGAACCCUAAUAAUGUCCUUCCAAACUGAGUUCAUAGGCCUGAGUCUCUCUCUCUCUCUCUCUUCCUUCAGCUGUCAAUGUCUGAUGUGUGUAUGGGGCUUAUUAAAUGCAGACAUUUCUUUAUUAAUAAAUUUAUGAUUGGAGGGCUCGGGGUUCUUAAAAGGAGAUGGAUCUUGGUCUUAUGUAGGAAGUCCUAAGCCGUUCUCUUCUUGGUGAUAUAGGUCCUAGACCCAUAUUUGGAGGUUGUAUAGGCUUUCUUGUUUCCAAAGAAAGUUUCAAAAAUAAAGUUGCAGACAUUCCUCAUUCAUCACAGUCACAUGCUUUCCCUGGAUAUUUUAUUCAGCUCUAUAUACACCUGUUCUUUUCACUA